UAUGUUGACAACCCUACUUGCAAUAGCAACUCUGCAGUAGCGCGUCCGCGUCGCGUUGUAAUUUUUUGUUAAAUUUUUUAAGCUUGUUAAAUAGAGUGGCAUGUCCUAAGUUAAGUCUUCCCUCCGCAUAUGAAACUGAUCUGACCAUGAGCACCUCAACCAUCGACAACGUGCGGGUGUUGCUGCAGUCCCUGCCCGCCGCCGCAAAUAACAUCAACAGUGCCGGCAUUGCAGGCGAACAGCAGACGCCGGGCAAGGGCCUGGGUUUGCCCACAACUACACCCCUGCGCGCCAGAAACUUGAGCCAGCAGCUCCAGCUUAAUGCGCCGUUUACUCCGGAGAAGGUUGAAGAGAAACCUACGUCGGCUCCCGAGGAGUUCUGGCGAGAUCUGCAGCAGUUUCACGAACGACGCGGCACUCCGUUAACACAGGCGGCCAAGAUCAGUGGCAAGCAUGUGGACCUUUACAAGUUGUACAAUGAGGUCACGGAGCGCGGUGGCUUCAACAAAGUGAACAUGCGGGAUGAGUGGGACGAGGUAUACAGUGCUAUGGAGACUCUGCGGGAGCGCUGCGUCAAUGGGACGGCGGGAAUCAAACACAUAUAUAGACGCUAUCUGGAUAAGUACGAGCGCCUGAAUUUCUUUGGGGAAGAUCCGGACAAGAUGGAGGCUUUGGAGGCGGCCAUUGAGAACGCGGAAAUGGGCGGUGGACGCUCCCGAUCGCGGGCUUUGGGUGCCGGCGGAGGCGGCGUUGGCGGCGGUGGUCUGGGCAGCAUCUUUGGUUCAAUGCACUCCACGCUACCGGCGGUACCUAUGGCCUACAACCAGCGCCAGCACUCUGUAAGCGUGGAGCGUCGACGACAGUACAAGAUGUCCACUCAGCUUCACCGACAUAGCAGCUACGAGAAGCUGUUGCUAUCCCUGCUCUCACCUCUGCCCAACGAACAGGACUUUGCCAUAAAUGUGUGCACCCUUAUGUCCAAUGAAGUGCGCCACACGCUCCAGCUAUCCGAGUGUCCCAAGUUGCUGGAUGUGCUGCUGGCCCAUCUGGGCGUCUAUGCCGAUUUUACUAUGCGCCAACUGUUUCAGCAUAGCUACGCCGAGGUGCGACACCACUCGCAGCUCAGCUUCUGGCGCGACCUGCUUCACGACAAACCCCAGAUCCUCGAGCUAUAUACUGACGAGCAGGCCUGGGUGGACAACGGUCUGAUUAGCAAAGAGGACAGGGAGAACACAGCUGCUCGUAGCGAGCUGCUGGCGGCGUGCGAUGAGUUAGAUUUCCUUAACCUACGGCGCAGCAACGGCACCGAUGAGCGGAUGGGCCAGCGCGUACUUCAGAUUGUCCAGCUUGUGCGAACCCUUAGUUUCCAUCAGGAAAAUCACGCUCUUCUCGCCUCAAAUCGCACAUUGUGGCGUUAUUUGGUCAUGGGGGCCAACGUGCGAUGGAGUAACAUCCAUAUCCAAGCUCUGGAGACAGCCGGCAACCUUGCCCACCAGUUUGAGCUACAGGAUCCCACCACAGACGAGCUAUCGCGGAAUCUACUAGCUACCCUUUGCGAGGGCGUCGACUCCAACGACAGGGCGGUGAUCAUCAGCUGCCUUGAGAUACUUUACAAGCUUUGCGGUCGCGAGGGAAACUCACAGCACAUUAACCGUUGCCUUGGUUUGGACUUUUACCAGCGCGCCAUGCUACUGCUCUCACUGACCGACGUGAUGCUCCUCAUUUUUACUCUGGAGGCCGUAUACGCACUGAGCUCCCUGGGAGCGCGACCGUGUUCGAUGCUGAUGCAAGUGCGAGGUCUGCUGGAUCAGCUGGUGGCCCUGAUCACUGUGGAGGCACAGACCUACGGCGCAGACGGUUGUAUACUAAUGCGAGUUGUAGAGGUAGUGCCGGGAAAUAUGAUAGCCUCGCUGGCCCAGACCAAUAUGCCGGCCAUGCAAGCCAAUCCCGCGGCGUCUGCUGCAUCGCUCACUACGCUACCACCAUCGCUUCAGGUGGCAAUAAAGCCGCCAGUCGCCUUGCCCACACCAACGGCCGCCCAGACACAAGUUCUCCUGCCCCAGGGAGGGGAGCAGGCCGUAGUAACCCCGUCGUUGCCAUCGGUUCCAACGCUUCCCAGUCUUCCGAUGCCUAGUCUGCCCCAAGUUCAGCUGCCGGUUCCUAGCUUGCCGCAGGUCCAGUUGCCUCCAAUUGCGGCCACCGUCUCUCUGCCCAGUCUACCAUCAGCAGGGCCAAGCUUCACCCACGAGGACGAGCAGUACGCAUUGGCCUGGCUAGGAGCCACCUACGAGCGGGGUGCUGGCAUUGCCCACGAACUGCGCGUGGAGCAGGCGGAGCUGUACAGAAUCUACCUAUCGCACUGUCAAAAGGCGGGAAAGCUCUCUGUGGUGAAUCACAUGCAGUUUCCCCGUCUCGUGCGGCUAAUCUUCAAUCAGACGGUGGGACCGGUGAUCGUGCGACAGCUGGAUGGUACAGAGCUUCCGGGCACAUACUACAUUGGCAUUCGAAUGCGUGCUCAGCCGCUGAUUAUGCAGCAGAAGCCACCUAUGCAGAAAAAGGAAACUCCCAUCCUACCCAAGCCGCAGCCAAGCGAUCAUAUUGCUGCUGAAGUGACGGCCGAAGAAGCACCAACACCAACAACUGGUCAACUGCCACCUUCGGCAGUUACGCCACCUCCCAGUUCUUCACUAAUCAAGAGUCUCUUGGCCAACAAGGUCACCGAGCGUCAACAGAAGCAAAAGGCACAGGCUCAGUCGCCACAGCCACAGCCGCAGCCCCCAGCCCUGGUGGCCACCACAGCGCCUUCGUCAAAUUCCAGUACCCAACCCAUCAAGGUCACCUCGACGGCCAUUAGUGCCUUUGUAAACAACCCACUCAUGCAGCACACACCGGUGAAGGUGGGACAGACUACCAUCAAGCCGCUGCAUCCCCAAAUGGCUAUGGAACAGAAGAAGCCUAUAACAGACUCGGCUCCGCCGCCCCUAGCUCCACUGAGUGGAGCAAACGUGGUAAGCAAAGAUGCCAGUGGGCGCACUCUCAUCAUUGCAGCAGCUGCGGCGGCGGCAAAACGCAAGUUAACCAUCGACGAGGAGCAGAACAAGCGUCUGGCCUUGGACGGCGGCAGCUCCAGUUCUUCCGCAAGCAAGGACGAACCUCAGGUUACACCUUCGAAGAAUGCGGCCAAUUUGUAUGCGGACUUGGCGGCCUCCAUACUGGAGGACGAGGACUUGGAUGACGUUCCACCGCUGACCAAGCCCAAUCAGGAGCAGACCCAGCAAUCGUCGCAACAGCAACAGCUCCAGCUUAUUCCUGCGAAAGUGCAGCAGACUCAGCGGCAGCUGGUAUUCCCCACCAGCACUAGUGUUUCCUCUCCUGGCCCACCGCCGCAACUUAAACUGGCCACUACGGCCACUAUCAAAACGGAUCAGGGUCUGCAGACCGUUCCUGUGAUAUUGCAGCCCAAGAGCACGGUAGAACAUGUCACACCAGCGCCGCAGACGCAGUAUGUUCUGGCCACCAAUCAGCAGGGUCAAACUUACUUGGUAGCCCAGCAAACUCAGCCGGCCAUUCCGCCACCCACUCAGUCUGCUCCUCCCACGUUGCUGGUGACCCAAACCCCGCAGCAGCAGACCAAAACAAUUAUUAUUCUUCAGCAGCCAGGAGGAGGAGUGUCGGCUGCCAAUGUGGCGGGUACGCAGAAGAUGAUCAUGACAACGGCGCAGGGGCAGCAGGUAUUGGUUACCACCACCACUCCGCAGUCAGCUCCGCGUAACGCAACGCCCCAGCAGCAGCAGAUCUUUAUAGCACCUCAACGUCCCGUUCCCGCCUUGGGUGCACCUGGACAAAUGUCGCCCUCAUUGCUGUCGCAGCUUAAUCAAAUCCCAGCCACCAUCAAACUGCACCAGCCGCAACCACAGCCGCAGCAGAGGUUGGUGGCCACUAAAGCGGCCGCUGCAGUGCCCAUUCCCCAGCUGCAGCAACACCAGUCCAUUAUCCAGCAGCACAUCAUCUCCGGCCCCUCCACACCAGUAUCCUCCUCCUCAGCUGGCGAGAAGAGGCAAAUCAUUCUGGGCGGUGGAAUAAAGGAGACUACGCUCAUCACCCAGACCCCGGCCACAGCGGCUCCCCUACAGCAGAGCCAGCUUAACUCACAAACGAUUAUCACCACACAGCCGCCGCCCAUCACCACCACAGCAGGCACUGUUGGGGGCGUAACCCUUCAGCAGCAACAGCAGCAGCACAUCCGAACUGUCUUGCUGGAGCAGCAACAACAGCACCAGCAGCACCAUCCAUCCAUCAUUCAGCAAAAGAUCACAAUGCCCACUAUCUCAGAGGCAGCGAAACCUAAGGCUGUUAACACUGCUACAGCUCCGGGUACAUUGUCUGGCACCACUUCCGUCCUGGCCAAGAAGGCAUUGCAAACGCCAAUGAAGCCAUCACCAGUCACCCAGACUGUUGUGGUAACGACGGCCACUACAAGUGCUGAAUCGACGGUGGCAGGCACCAAAUCAGUUGUGGCAACAACUACCAGCGAACCCAAGAUAGCAGAUCAGCCGCCAGUUACAUCGAGUGCUUUGGUCACCACCGCUCCCACAAGCAGCACCGCUAGCAAUAGCAGCAGCGGCGCUGUGGUAGUCAGUCAGAGCGUAUACGCUGCACCACCUACUCCCAGUGGUACUGCCACUACGCCUGCCGCAGUGCCCGUAGACGUCAACUGGUUGUACAUAUGCGAUUGGCGCAACUGUCCGCGUAGGAAGUUCAAGUCUCUGAACGAGCUCAAGUACCACGUGUGUAACGUGCACUGUCCGGACCAUCUGGACUCUGACGCUGACAUCUACUGUCAGUGGGGCAGUGGACCCACGUUCUGCGACAAUAGAGCGCGCAAGCGGUACUCUUUGAUGACUCAUUUGAUUGACCGACACUUGACACCGGAGAAUUUGCGUGCCGGAGUGCAGCGACGCCUAACCACUGGCAUUCAUAAUGUGGCGCCCUCUCAGCCGCCCGUGACCAUAGUGCGAAACGAGGGUCAUGCCCAGCGAGUACUGCCGGGAAGUGGCACUGUAGGUGCAUCAACAGCAGCGCCCGUUGCCUCCACUGCACCUCCAGUUGUAGGCAGCGCCGCGAUGCAAGCCAUGAACCGACAUACCACGGACUACACCAACUCCAAGGAGCUGAUGGAUGAAAACGAGGGGCCCGUCACCAAGAGCAUACGCUUGACAGCGGCACUAAUUCUUCGCAAUUUGGUUACGUACUCGUCAACGGCCAAGCGUAGCCUUAAGCGCUACGAGCCCCACUUGGCCAAUAUAGCACUGAGCAAUGUGGAGGCCAGCGGAGUGCUCUCUCACAUUAUGUACGAGCUGAGUCAGUAGGAGCAGUUGCUGCUUUCCUGUAUUUUUGUACUACAUAUGCAGAUUAUCUUUAGAAGCGGCUUGUAAUAACGACACUAUUAAAAUGUGAAAACCAACUUUGUAA